AUGGAGCCACCUCCGCCGCCACUUCCGGAUCCUGCGACAUCCCAAGCACGAAAGUUGAAAGACAAAUUUACCUGCGAUUGUGCCAGUUGCCGCGCGUCAGGGGCUCCGCGUGGUUUUCGAACGGCGAGGUCCUUAGCCGAACAUCGACGUCAGACUGCUGCACCUAAUUUGACGAAUCUUCCUUCCAACUUGCUGACUCGGACAGAGAAUGUGCUGAGCGAGUCCCGCGUUCUCGCUGCUGCCGCCAUAGUUCAUGAACGAGAGCAAGCAAGAAUUGGGGCGACGGCUGCGAUCGGCGGUGCCUUGCCUCCACCAAUACGGGUCGAAGGCUUUUCCACACAUGUUCAGCACAAGUACAGGGCGGUGGCUUCAAUCUCAUUAGAGGCAGAACAAGUGGCAGAACUACGAAUUGAAAUGGAUGCGCUGUGUCCUCCUCAACCCGGCCUGAACCUGGCAGCGCUGGAAGUCGGUAUCGGACGGAUCAAUCGCCACCUCGCCAAAGUACGCCAGCUUCAGGCCCGUUUCCAGGUAGCCUCCAAUGCCCACAAGGAGGCGGCGGCGCAAUCGCUGAUUCAUCAAGCUAUGCUCAAGCUCGAUGAGAUAUGGAAUGACGCCAUGACCGUCAAGCAAUCCUGGGAGAAUGCCUCCGCAAGCAUCAGGCCGAGUCGUAAUGACCUUGAAGACAUCACUUUUGAAACUGGCCAUUAUCACGAACCGCUCUUCCGCGAUGUCGCAGUGUGGAUGCAGAUGAUCUUCUAUUUGAUUGUUGUUUGCUCCACACUUUUGCACAUCUCUCGUCGAGGUUGCCUUUGGGUCAUGAUGUCGACCCAAGAUAUUGUUCGCCGUGGGCUUGGAACUUCCAAUUCCCCUGCUCUACAAGAGUUCAGGGACGUCCCAACCAUGCAGGAACACUUCAAUCUCGACACGGCAUAUACCAUUCACGCAUCUUGCCCUGCAUGCCAUCAUACACAUCGACCGGAGGGCGAGGGCCCGGGAAUGAUAUAUCCUUCGAUUUGUGUGAAACGGGACAGGCAAGGUCGCAAAUGCAACACGCCCUUGCUGCAACCACAACAUGCCUACGGUCGUGAAACCACGGUACCUAUCCGACCCUUCAUCGAAUUCCACUUCGUCGACUGGUUGGCUCGCUUCCUCGCUCAUCCCGGCAACGAGAAGAAAAUGGACAAAAGCUGGGAUCGCCUGAACGCGGAACCCGUCGACCUCACGGACGUUCUGGACGGCUCCUUUGUCCGAAACUUCAAGGGCCCUGACAAGGCACAUCACUUCAGUGUUCCGUCAGAGGAUGGGGAAGGACGUUAUAUAUUCUCACUUAACUUCGACUUUUUCAAUCCACUGGGCGCGAGACAGUCCGGGAAGAAGAUAUCCGUCGGCGCCUUUUCCCUCGUCUGUCUCAAUCUGCCCAUCGAAGAGCGGUACCGGACGGAAAACAUGUUUCUCUGUGGGAUCAUUCCAGGGCCCAACGAACCGCCGCUGGAUGCAACCAAUUUGUACUUCGCACCACUCGUCGACUGUUUUGUCAGACUCUGGCACUGCGGCGUACGAUUCACAAAGACAUGCGAAUAUGCGUUGGGCCGGCUCGUACGAUGCGCGAUUGUCGCUUUUGUUUGUGAUCUUCCGGCAGCUCGAAAGAUUUCGGGGUUUGCGAGUGCGUCGCACACGCAUUUCUGUACUGUCUGCAAGUGCACCCGUGAUACUGUUGAAGAGCGCAAGGCAGCGCAGGGAGACAAGGCCGCCAACCAAUACACUGGUCGUGGAGUGGGUUACAAUGACAUCCGAGUUGACGACUGGCCUUUGAGGAUGGACGGAGAAUGGCAAGCUGCGGCCCAGGCGUAUCGGAACGCGGCUCAUCCCACUCAGGCGCAGGCCUGUUUCAAUAGUAGCGGGGUCCGCACUUCGGAGUUCCUCCGAUUGCCAUACUUCGAGCCGACGAAGAUGAUUGUGGUCGACCCUAUGCACAAUCUUUUCCUCGGUCUCCUUCACGAGACUUUCCGUAGAGUCCUCGGGUUCUCGGAAAAAGCCAACGAUGGCCCCGCCGUGCACAGACUAUCGAUAUCUCUCAGUCCCACCGACUUCCUGAUCUCUGAGAAGGACGCAGGCCAAGUACAGGAUGCGAUUCGUUUUCUCGAGACGAUCUCGAAUGCCGAGCUGGAAUACGAUGACGACGAAGCCGAGCUGCAUAGAAAGUUGAUUAACUUAUCAAAGUCUGCGCUUGUGCAUGUGGCCCGAGGUCUAGGCUGUCCUACAGAGCGUGAAGUACCUGCCUUACUUAACUCUCUACAUCAAUCGUCAAAGAAAGCUCUUUCAAAAGCGAAACUUGUUGACGAGCUCAUCAGCUGGCGCCGCAAGCAGGUAGAGACUGUGCCCAGUAGGGAUGAUGGUCGACUCGAAAUCGGCCAUGUCAUCACCAAAGGAGAGAUGAAAGCACUUUGGGCAGACAUCGCUGCCAUGCACACACCGUCUUGGGUGUCAUCAGUGCCUCGCAACUAUGGAUCCGCACAACACGGGAAGCUGAAGGCAGAUCAAUGGCGAGCAUUGGCUAUGGUGUAUAUCCCGGUAACUCUCAUACGACUAUGGUCCGAUUCGACGUUGCAACGUCAGGGGCUCUUGGACAUGACCAUGCAUUUAAUUGCUGCCGUGGAUCUGGCUUCUUCGCGAAAAAUGAUACAAGGAAACGACGCAAAAGUACAAAAUCAUCUGCUCAAGUAUCGAACCGCACUCCACGCUUGUUUCCCCGAGUACACGGCUCAUCCCAACCACCAUCUUGCUCUACACAUCCCCCAUUUCUUGCGUUUGUUUGGACCCGUGCAUGGAUGGUGGGCGUAUCCGUUCGAACGAAUGAAUGGCAAGAUGCUUAGGAUCAAGACCAACUACAAACCUGGCGAAUAUGAAAUCACCAUAGGAAGACGGUAUCAACAGAUGGCCAACGUCUAUCGAUUGGAGAGUAGUGCCGUGUUUCCCGUUGCAAACGAACUGAAGUUAAGAUUUGACCAAAUCUUUCGUGGGGUUUCCGCCACGAAGUCAGGGGGCUCCAAACAUCCCGUCACACUCAAAGAUUGCGCGUCCGCUUUCCAUCGGUCGAAAAUCACACUUCCUCUCGCGAACCGGACGUUCAGCAACGUCAAGUACAAGGGCCUUUCGUACUCGACCCGACACAAGCACCGUGGUAACAGCUCGGUAUACUAUACAACGGGUGGUACACGUCAACCCCUGGCCAUUGAGCACAUCAUCCAGUCUUUAGUUGGAGCCGAGCCGGUGUAUGUUGUGUGUCGUCCGUAUCGGCCAGUUUGCCUGCUUCAAGAUCCAUUCUUGAAGUAUCCAGACUUCGGCGGCAAGAUCUGGAGCCGUGACCUAGAAGCUGACGAUAAGGGUGUCGUGCUCACUCUUGAGCAGAUCGAAGGACAUUUUGCAAGUUGCGACAUGAAAGGACUGGUAACUGUCGACGGAUCGUUUUGUGAAGGCAUGAUUGUGGUUCCAUUACGAAAGUCCCUUGCCACCGACUCAUGCUUUGUCGGAGCAGGAGACGACCGCGAGGAGGAUGAAGAUGAGGAUGUAGAAAUGAGUGUAUAUUGA